AUGAACCAACCAAACCCGUCCUGGGACCCUUUCGAGCACCAGGACGAGCAUCCGAGUCCGCUGUGCCUGCAAAGGGUGAGGAAGGACAUUAUCGACUUCAUCGCACAUCCACCGCCGAGGAUGUUCAUCGCUCCCAUGGAGAGCGACAUGACGGGAAUGAACGUGCUCAUGCUGGGUGCGCCGGACUCCCCGUACGAAGGCGGCGCCUUCCAGUUCUACCUCAAGUGCCCGCCGGACUACCCUCUCAGUCCACCCCUAGUCCGGUUCCUGAACACGGACGAGGGACGAGUUCGUUUUCACGCACACCUUUGCGCCACGGGCAAAGUCUGCCUUAAAACCCUGGGCACGCUGCCAGGACCGGGCUGGAACCCGAUGCUGUCGCUGGGGGCCACACUGACCUCCAUCCAAUGGCUCUUAGGAGCGCACCCGCUGUACGCGUUCAGGCCGCACGCGACGCGAUGCGACAUCGCUUUGUACGACGUCUUCGUCCAGCACGAGACGAUCCGAGUAGCCGUAUGCGACCAAGUCGACGGGGCCCUCAGGGAAGACUUCCGGUGCCCGCCGACCUUCAGGAAGGUCAUACUAGACUCGUUUCUCCAGAUGUACAGGAAGUACGAGAACACCGUCAAGGCACGACUUCAUGAGACUGGCUGGCAGCUGUGGGACCCCGUCAGUUUCAAGUACAUUACAGCCCAGUACGAGACGCUGCUGGCGCGACUGCAGGACCUCCGGGACAAGGUAGAGGAGAUGAAGGCCGAAGUUUUCGCCGCUGCCUACGAAGCUCCUGUGUCCGAGGCUGAACCCUAG